AUGCUUCAAGUAUAUAUAUUUAUAUCAUUAUGUUCUUUAGAUGCAAGCUCUGGCUUCAGGCAUGUGGUAGAGAAGAUCUUCCGUCUUCGGAAUAUCAACACUACCACAAGACCCGCAGAGUAUGUAGUAACCAUUUCGAAAAUAGAAUGUACAUGGGUCCUUCCAAGUCCAGGUUAUUACCAACAGCAAUUCCAAAGCAGAUUGAGUCUGAUACAAAUAUUCAAGAAGAGAGCGGUAAUAAUCCUGAGUUUCAGCCUCCAGCAAAAAUUCGUGUCGUAGACAUAGCAGCAAUUUCAGGUCCAUCUCAUCAGGGAAACAUUACACCAAUCGGCUUUGAUGCAAGUGUUCAGACGCCAGCAUCGAUAUCUGCAGGGACACCGAGGAAGCGUAAGCUUGAAAAUGAAAUGUGUAAUUUAGAACGCGAGAAUUUAGAGCUAAAAGCGGAAGUGUUAGAACUUCGUGAUAAUCAGUCUAGUUUAAGUACGUUUCAGGGUUUGUGUAAAAAAUUUUUAUCGCCAAAAAUAGUUAAUUUGGUUAAUAUGCAAGUUCUUCAAAAUAAUAGAAAUGUUCACGGUAGGCUCUUCCGUCGACGAGGAUGUUACAGAGGUAUUUAG